AUGGUUGGAGCAGGGUUAAGUUUAAUUAUUCGAAUAGAGUUAGGGACCCCAAGUCAGUUAAUUAAUAAUGAUCAAAUUUAUAAUUCUAUUGUUACAGCCCAUGCUUUUGUAAUAAUUUUUUUUAUGGUUAUACCAAUUAUAGUUGGGGGGUUUGGAAAUUAUCUGGUUCCUUUGAUAAUUACGGUUCCUGACAUAGCUUUUCCACGUCUUAAUAAUAUAAGGUUAUGGUUAUUAUUUCCUUCUUUAAUUUUAAUAAUUAUAAGGAUAUUUAUUGAUCAAGGGGCUGGAACAGGGUGAACUGUGUAUCCACCUUUAUCUUUAAGAAUAAGGCACCCAGGGGUUUCAACAGAUUUAGUAAUUUUUUCAUUACAUUUGAGGGGGGUGUCAUCAAUUUUAGGGUCAAUUAAUUUUAUUUCAACAAUUUUAAAUAUUCGUCCAAAUUUAAUGAGAAUAGAUAAAAUUACUUUAUUUUGUUGAUCAAUUUUUUUAACAACAAUUUUAUUAUUAUUGUCAUUACCUGUUUUAGCAGGAGGAAUUACAAUAUUACUUUUUGAUCGAAAUUUAAAUACUUCUUUUUAUGAUCCUGUUGGGGGUGGGGAUCCUGUUCUUUAUCAACAUUUAUUUUGAUUUUUUGGGCAUCCUGAAGUUUAUAUUUUAAUUUUACCUGGGUUUGGAAUAAUUUCUCAUAUAAUUUUUACAGAAGGUGGGAAAAAAGGGACUUUUGGAAGGUUAGGGAUAAUGUAUGCAAUAAUUUCAAUUGGUGUUUUAGGAUUUAUUGUAUGGGGGCAUCAUAUGUUUACAGUUGGGAUAGAUGUGGAUACUCGAGCUUAUUAUACAUCAGUAACAAUAAUUAUUGCAGUUCCUACUGGUAUUAAAGUAUUUAGGUGGUUAGCUACUAUUAUGGGGAGAAAAAUUGAUUUUAAUAUUAUUAUUUUAUGAAUUAUUGGAUUUAUUUUUUUAUUUUCUUUAGGGGGAAUGACUGGAAUCACAUUAUCAAAUUCUUCAAUUGAUCUUGUUAUACAUGAUACAUAUUAUGUAGUAGCUCAUUUUCAUUAUGUUUUAUCUAUAGGGGCAGUUUUUUCAAUUAUUGGGGGGUUUAUUUUUUGGUAUCCUUUAAUUUGUGGGUUAACUUUAAAUCCUAAAUGGUUGAAAGUUCAAUUUUUAAUUAUGUUUAUUGGUGUUAAUUUAACUUUUUUCCCUCAACAUUUUUUAGGGUUAAGAGGGAUACCACGUCGAUACUCAGAUUAUCCUGAUAGAUAUUUAUUAUGAAAUGUUGUUUCUUCAAUAGGGUCUUUAAUUUCAAUUACUAGGUUAAUUUAUUUAAUUUUUAUUAUUUGAGAAAGAAUAAUUGUAGAACGUUUAAUUUUAUUUAAAAAUUAUUUAAAUAUUUCUGUAGAGUGAAAGCAUUUAGCUCCACCUUUGUUACAUUCUUAUUUAGAAGAGUCAAAAUUGAAUUUUUAAAUUAUUAAAGAGUGAUUUAUUUUAAUAUUACAAGAUUCUGUUUCACCAAUAAUAGAGUGAAUGAUAAUAUUUCAUGAUUUUACUUUGUUUAUUAAUUUAAUAAUUACAGUUAUUAUUGUAUGAAUUUUUUUAAUUAUAAUGAAAAGUAAAUAUAUUAAUUUUUCAAUUGAGAGGCAAAAUAUUGAGAUUAUUUGAACUUUAAUUCCAAUUAUUUUAUUAGUUAUCUUGGGUAUUCCUUCAAUAAAAAUUUUAUACAUGUUAGAUGAAGUUUAUUGUCCUUUGAUAACUAUUAAAGGAAUUGGUCAUCAAUGGUAUUGGUCUUAUGAAUAUUCAGAUUUUAACCUAAAAGGGUUAGAUUCUUACAUAGAUAAAGAUAUUAGGUUAGAUAGAUUUCGAUUAUUAGACGCUACAGAGUCCUUAAUUUUACCUAUUUUAGUUUCCAUUCGAAUUUUAGUUUCAUCUGAAGAUGUAAUUCAUUCAUUUGCAGUUCCUUCUUUAGGGGUAAAAGUGGAUGCUAUUCCUGGUCGGUUAAACCAGAUAAUAGUAAAUAUUUUAAUACCAGGGAUUCAUUAUGGGCAAUGUUCAGAAAUUUGUGGGAUAGCUCAUAGAUUUAUACCUAUUAUAGUUGAGUCAACAACAAUUAGAAAUUUUUUAGAUUUUGUUGAUAUAAUUUAAAUAUAA